AUGGCUUCUGGACCUCCCGCUCUUCUCCUUUUUGGAACCUCCGACUCUACCCCAGAUCUUGUCUACGUCUCAAUGGCUAAUCUCCCUAACUUGCGACGUCUCUUUGUUGAGGCCAGAACAGAGGCCGAGGAGAACGAGUACUCGCGGACAGCUUUUUACAAUCUCGUCCUCUUCAUUUCUUCUGUCGCUGUCUUCAGUCUAGUAGCACAGCGCAUGAGCGGACCAAAGGCCGGACGUUGA